AUGACUUUGUUAUCAGAAAGUGCAUUGGCCGUUUCACUCAAGAUAUGUCCACAGUGCAAAUGUUCCUUGGCGCAGGAGAAGAUCCCUUCAUUAGCGCUUGCGAAUGGUUUGUUCCGUGGCAGCCUCCCCGACCAAUUUCACGAUCUGACUUGGGUUGAGGAGAAGAUAUGUGCCAUCUAUUCCAUUACUGCACAUGUCACCCGCUUAUUUCAAUCAUCUGACCCGUCGCAGCCUAAGGUUUUUCAUGGAAAUACGUGCGCUCAUGACACGAAUGUUAUGUCUACCGCUUCCGUGUUGCCACGGACCCCCGCCGACAUCAAUGGUUUUCUGAGUGUUGUAUUCAUCGGUCCUCAACCGUUCGAUCCGAAGCGUAUGGGCAUGUUGUUCCGCGUCCGCAAACAUAAGAUCUGGUCUUUUCUUGUGUGGUUGAAGUCUCACAAUUGUUUGUACGCUGACAUUGAGUUAGAUUUGGCUGUAUUGGAUCAGUAUCCAGCAGACGGCUCCCUUCCUGGUCUACACGAGCGUGUCCCCCAGACACGCCGGCGAGCGAUGUUGCAAGUGAUGAACCGAUAA